GUCACCACAUCGUUCAUUGGGAUUCGGUCGAAUUCGGCAUCUGAUGUUAUUAUCGAGCCGGCGCAGACAUGCCACGCCACCAGUCGUCGGCUGGGUCUGCGCAAGUUGCCAGAGCCGCCAAGCACGGCCAUCAAGAAAGGCCUUUUCCGCACCGGCAAGAACGAAACCGAGUCAAGAAGUGAUUCCAUCGCAACAACGCGUCCCAAGCAAUUUCCAGAAUGCCACUAGAAGACAUGCUUCGACAAAUCAUGGCAGACAGGGAGGCAGGCUGCCUGACACUCCAGCCAGGACGCGUUUUGCCCCAUCCCCUACCGGAUACAUGCACAUAGGAGGACUGCGAACAGCACUGUUCAGCUAUCUUCUCGCCAAACGUACUCAGGGUCAAUUCCUGCUGCGAAUAGAAGAUACGGACCAAAAGAGACUAGUCCCGGAUGCUGAGCAAAGGCUGUGUGACGAUUUGCAGUGGGCUGGCCUGCAAUGGGAUGAAGGCCCACAAGUUGGCGGCGCGUAUGGCCCCUACAAACAGUCCGAGAGAAAUCACAUCUACCAAGAACAUGCUCGCAGUCUUCUAGACUCUGGAAGUGCAUACCGAUGCUUCUGUACGCCUCAGACCACAGGGUCACAGGGCAGCAAAGCCGCAUAUGUUACCAGUGGCUGCUACCAAGACUGUUCCUCGUUGUCGGCAGGACAAGCACAAGACAAAGCCGAGAGCAAACACGAGGCAUACACGAUACGCCUCAAGCAGCCCAUUGAUGUGCACAAGCGUGUCUAUACGGACUUGAUAUAUGGCAAGAUCCAACGACUCAAGCGAUCGCCAAGUGCGGGGCAGAACGCUGAAGAUGAUUCUGGCAUCGACGCUGCGGAUACAAUCCUGGUGAAAUCUGACGGCACACCUACAUACCACUUCGCGAAUGUUGUCGAUGACCACCUGAUGAAGAUCACGCAUGUUAUUCGGGGCACCGAGUGGAUGGCCAGCACGCCACUGCACUACGAUCUAUACAUCGCGUUCGGUUGGACACCUCCUACAUUCGCACACGUUGGGUUGCUUGUAGAUGAGAACAAAGCCAAGCUCUCCAAACGAAGCGACACAGGUCUCGUACUAGACGUGAAAGGCAUGCGAGAGCAGAAUGGGAUACUACCAGAAGUCCUUACCAACUUCCUCGCCCUGCUCGGCUGGAGCAAUCCUGGCCGCAACGAUGUGUUAGAGAUGCAAGAGUUGAUCCGAGACUUUGACCUCAAGUUCACAAAAGGCAACACCAUAGUCCGCAUGGAAAAGCUCUGGUUCCUACAAAAGCAACACGUUGCUCGUAGGAUCGAACAAGCUCGUGCAGCUAACGACAUCACUCCCAUCGAAGACAUAAUCUCCGCCAUUGAGAAAGAAGCACCAACGAACACACCCUUCUUGCAACAGCACAUUGGCGAGGGCAAAUUGUAUCCAGAUCUGAGAACCUACAUCCGAGACAUUCUCCUUAUCGACUCCAAAUCAUAUCAAACCCCGCAACGAUUCCUCACUCGAAACCAGUACUUCUUCUCCUACGAUUCUACUCUAGUUCCAGAAUCUCCAGAGCACUACCACCAAGACGACAACCUUACGAUUACAGCCUCGGAUCUUUCUCAAGUGAUCGAGCACGCACUAUCUACGCCUCUGCAUUCUGCCCCGAGCGAGAACUCCGGUGGGCGGCAUGUCUCAAACGACACAUUAGACGCGCACAUUGCCCACUUCUCAACGCUAGUCCACGAUCGUAUCAACACGUCGAUAGCAACCCACCUCAAGUUCGGCAAAGACUUAGUCGAGGAAUCAACCGGAACAAGAAAGGCGUACAACAAAGCACUGAUGCGGUACUUGCGAGAGAAAUUGAGUUACGGAAUGCCUGGACCCGGGAUAGGACAAAUGAUGGCAGUGCUGGGCUUGGAGGAAUGCUGCAAGCGGUUAUUGGGUGACAGGAGCGACCUAGCGAAACUGCAUAAAAACCGGGAAUGA